AGAUAAUUUGCCAAAUCCCAAAUAUCUAAAGUGGACUUUGGUAUGAUUUUGAAAAUUUCCCGCAUCACACUUCAUUUCUAUAAAACCACAGCACCAAAUUCUUUUUAGCAAGCUCAAGCUGUGUGUGUGAGACAGAGGAGAGAGAGAGAGAAACACACACAUUUCACACACUAGGGGAGAGGAAGAUGUUUGCGGCAGAGAAUGGGUUGAAGGGAGACCCCAGACUUGAGGCAAUUUCUGAGGCAAUUAGAGUGAUACCCCAUUUCCCAAAACCAGGUAUAAUGUUCCAAGAUAUAACCCCUUUGUUUCUCAACCACAAAGUUUUCAAAGACACAGUGGACAUUUUUGUCGAGAGAUACAAAGACAUGGGCAUUUCUGUUGUUGCAGGAAUUGAAGCAAGAGGGUUUAUGUUUGCUCCUUGUGUUGCCUUGGCUAUUGGUGCCAAGUUUGUUCCACUACGAAAACGUGGGAAAUUGCCUGGCAAAGUAAUAUCCGAAGCCUAUGAGCUGGAAUAUGGCAAGGACUGCCUAGAGAUGCAUGUUGGUGCUGUACAACAAGGGGAGAAGGCCGUGGUGAUUGAUGAUCUUGUUGCUACUGGCGGCACCCUUUCCGCAGCUAUCAAACUUUUAGAAUGCAUGGGGGCUGAAGUGGUGGAAUGUGCUUGUGUUAUCGGAGUGCCCGAGCUCAUCAAGGACCAGAACAGGCUAAAUGGAAAGGCACUUUACAUGCUUGUGGAGCCAAGUGAAGUAGAAGGGUGUUGCUGAGGUACAAUUCUUUUCUAUGGUUGUGCCGACAGUAUUUCAACAUGGAUGGAAUGGCUUUCAUUAAAUCUCUACCAAUUUCACUCCAAAGCCUAGUUAGUUGUUACUGUCUACAAGAGUUGAGGCUUCAACCACAGUUUUUUCGAGCAUCGGUCGAAAGUUGCAGUUUUGGUGUGUUUUCUGAAAUUUUUAGAUGGGAGAGGUGAAAUUUCUGAAUUUUUUUCUUUCUUUCUGGGGCUGUAAAAUAUGAAUUUAAUGAGAUAUCAACCCUUUCAAACUGCA